AUGCCCGAGCCGGAUAUCGAGAAGGCGGCGGCAGACGAGUCGCCCGUCCGGCCAGACUAUGAGACCCCCGUCCCCUCCCGCUCCCACUCUAUCGUGUCCAGCUCCGGCUCCUCUGGCCGCUCCUCCGCCCUAGAGCCCAUAGCAACCCAUCACACAGACGUCCACGCAGUCAACAGUGGCAGCAAUGGGUACGACAUGUCGGCCUGCAUGUCCCGGGCCACGACUCGCGACCUGGAGCGCCACCCGACCUUGCUCAGUCGCAUGGCCACCCAGCGCAGCCAGCACAACGAGACCGUCGGCUCUACCAGAUCACGGCCCCUGGAUAAACCGCUGCCCCCUUUUGGUGCGGGAAAGCCGUAUCCUCCUCCCCUGCCGGAGAAGGAAGAGUAUGUCGUCGAGUUUGACGGGCCGGAUGACCCUCUACACCCUCAGAACUGGUCUCUGAAGCGGAAGGUAUUCACUGCACUGAUACUAGCGUGGACAACCAUCAUAUCAUCCUUUACCAGCAGCAUCUUUUCUACUGCUACUCUCGAAGUCUCUCACCACUUCGGCGUCUCUACCGAAGUAGGCGUUCUCGGCCUCUCCCUCUUCGUCCUGGGCUAUGCUACCGGGCCUAUCGUCUGGGCUCCGCUCUCCGAGCUUCGUGGUAGACGGUUUCCCAUCAUCCUGGGCAGCGUUGGCUUCACCAUCUUCCAAUUCGGCCUUGCAGCGGCCAAGGACCUGCAGACCGUCAUGCUCUGCCGCUUCUUCGGCGGCUUCUUCGGGGCCUGUCCUGUCGCCGUCGUGGCUGCCGUCUUCUCAGACAUGUUCGACAACCGUCUUCGUGGCCUUGCAAUCACCCCUUUCUCCAUGACCGUGUUCACUGGACCCUUGCUUGCACCCUUUAUUGGUGGCUUCAUAGUCGAUUCUUACCUGGGCUGGCGCUGGACUGCUUUCCUGCCUGGCAUCCUGGGGGCUUCUGCACUCAUCCUCAAUGUCUUCUUCCUCGCAGAGACAUAUCCGCCUGUAGUCCUCAUCGAAAAGGCAGCUGAGCUCCGCCGUCUGACCAAGAACUGGGGUAUCCAUGCCAAACAGGAGGAAAUUGAAAUCGAGUUCGGCGAGCUCGUAGAGAAGAACUUCUCUCGUCCAAUCAAGAUCCUCUUCACUGAACCUAUUGUCCUUCUUCUCAGCAUCUACUUGGCCUUCAUCUACGGCUUGCUAUACCUCUUCCUUACCGCGUACCCGCUUGUCUUUCAACAUAUUCAUGGGUUCAACAAAGGUGUUGGUGGGCUACCUUACUUUGGCAUGAUCCUCGGCCAGCUCAUCGGUGGUGCAUCAAUCAUCCUCUCGCAGCCAUGGUAUAUACGCAAGCUAGAAGCUAACGGCGGCGUAACCGUCCCUGAAUGGAGAUUGCCACAUGUUAUCCUCGGCGGAGUGACAUUCUCCAUUGGUCUCUUCUGGUUUGGAUGGACAGGGUAUAAGGCAGACAUACACUGGAUGGUGCCUACUGCUUCUGGCGUGCUCACUGGGUUUGGGCUGCUGGUUAUUUUCUUACAGAGUCUCAAUUAUUUAAUUGACGCCUACCUGCUAUUUGCCGCAUCUGCUAUUGCAGCAAACACUCUUCUUCGAUCCCUUGCCGGAGCUGUCUUCCCUCUCUUUGCUUCGUACAUGGUCUUGGAAUAA